AUGGAUACCGUAAUGCAACGCCGUCCUUCUUUAUCAUCAUUGUCUAGUGCUUCUGGGUAUUCAUCUUCAAACUAUGGAGGUGGGAAUCCAAAUAGUAACAGUAACUCAAAUACCCAUGGAAACAACACUCCCAAAUUAUCCAAUCAAAGAUUAACAACAAAUCGAAAUUUACAAUCUUCUUGGGUAAAUCAAUCAACAACUACUCCUUCUAAUGUUGGACCUUGGAUAGAACAACAACAGCAACAAACCCUUGAUCUGUUGGAAAGUAAACAAGAUAAUGCCGAAAUUGGUCCAACAAAUCCCCCUGCGCCUGGCAAUACAUCUAUUUCCACCUCUACUUCAAUUAAUGAUGCUAAUGAUAAUGUCGAUACAACAACUAAUAUUAAUAAUAACACCAUCACCACUACUACUACUACUACUAAUGUUACGAAAAAUUCAAGUAAUGCUAAUGAUAACAAUAACAAUAAUGUCACCAAUGUCAGUCCUAGUACAACUGCUACCAGUACCAAUGCCAACACUUCCACUAUUAAUGAAGCUGAUGAUGACGAAUUAAUCCCUACUGCAAUUGUCAUAAAAAAUAUUCCUUUUGCUAUUAAAAAGGAACAAUUAUUGGAUGUCAUGACCAAAUUGAACUUACCAUUGCCUUAUGCUUUUAACUAUCAUUUUGAUAAUGGAGUUUUUCGUGGCCUAGCAUUCGCAAAUUUCACUUCUACUGAUGAAACUUCAUUGGUUGUUAACCAGUUAAAUGGAAGAGAAAUUGGCGGUAGAAAGUUAAGAGUUGAAUACAAAAAGAUGCUUCCUUUACAAGAAAGAGAAAGAAUUGAACGUGAAAAAAGAGAAAAAAGAGGACAAUUGGAAGAGCAGCAUCGUUCAGCUUCAAAUGCUUCUUUAGCUUCAUUACUUUCUGCAGCUUCAACUACUGCUGCCACGAAAAAUUUGAGUGUUGCUGGCACCACACCAUCGCAUACGACUGAACGUUUAUUUUUAAGUUUGCCAUUUAAUAAUGCCCUGUUUAAUAUUCCUCCUAUGGAAAUUAAUUUUAACGAUCCUGAAGUUUUAGAAUUGUACACACAAUUUGUAUUGUACCGUGAUGAUAUUACCAAAUCUAUAUUUGAAUUGGCCAUCUCCCCAGUUAAUUUAAACAUUAGCCAAAGAAAAAUCAUAUCUAUUAUUUGUAAUUAUUUGAAUUUAUUAGAAUUAUUUGAUAACGGAUUGAUUAUUGUUAGAAGAAAACCUGGACAUAUUCCCCAAACAAUUACUCAACAACCAAAUAUACCUAUUCAACACCAGCAUCAACAUCAUCAACAACAGCAACAAGGUCAACAACAACCAGUAAACUUGCUCCAUCAACAACAGUCCCAAAAUGCAUCACUCCAAGCUUCUCAUUCUUCUUCAAUGAUGAACCUUAAUCAAUUAGCUGGUUUUGCUGUCCCUACACACCCUGAAUUGUUGAGAUCACAAUCACAAUCCGCUUUACAUUUACCAAGAUUGAGACAACAAACCUCAACUCCAACUCAGCAACAAGGACAAGGUCAACAACAAGGGCAACCACAACAACAAGCUCAAUCAUCUCAACUGGGACAACAAUAUGGUAUCUUUACCCAGCAACAAGCUCAAACGCCCCAACAACAGCAACAACAAUUACAAUCACAACAACAGCAGCAACAGCAACAGCAACAAAGUAGACCUUAUUUGCCAGCAUUUAACCUGUACCAACACACUUCUACUCAACAACCAUUGUCUUCAUCUACUGUUCCCCAAGGUUAUGGCACUCAACCCCAAAUUUCUACUCCAACAUUAAAUUCCAGUAGUGCGGCUGCUUUGCUUAGAUCUAGUAGCAAUAGAUCAUAUGUUGAUGUUAGAUCAACUCCUCCAUUGACUAAUACAUUUAUUCAACAGCAACAGCAACAACUGGGACAAGGACAAGGGCAAUCUACAUCAAUUCAUGAUUCACCAACUACACAUCAUUUACAAGCUCAAGGACAACAGUAUUAUGGAAAUAGUGGAAACGGAUUUAAUUCACAACCACAAACACCUUUAACUGCGAAUUCUGAUGUCAAUUCAAGAUUUCAGCCCUUUGGACAACAUAGUCAUUUAACUUCUAGUUUUACAUCAUUAUCACAAACCUUACCAAGUGCUGGUGGAUCAGGAGGAGUCGAUGACUUUGGUAAUGCUAGUCUUUCAUCUAAAUUGAAUAGUUUAGGAUUAGGUGGAACUUCAAGUGGUACAAAUAACAAUACUAGCACCAAUAAUGUUUUUGAUAAUGGGAAUGGAAUCUGGGGACCCAAAUAG